CAUUAGGAUUUUGUCGUGCACGGUGAAUUGCUAGGCACAUCGGCAGUCGAACAGAAUCGACACUUCUUUUGAUGGUCACCAAAUCGACCUUGGCAGCGCUCGCGCUGCUCGCCGCCCUCGCGGCGGUGACAGCGGUUCCGACGAAGGAGACUCUCACGCCUUCGCUGCUGCUGUCGCGCGCCCAGGCGAUUCAGAACUGGCUGGUGGAGACCCGCCGCACGCUCCACAAGCUGCCCGAGCCGGGCUUCCAGGAGUUUAAGACGCACAGCGCCAUCCGGCGCGUUCUGGAGGCGCACAACAUCCCUUACAAGUUCCCGUACGGCAAGACUGGCAUUGUGGCCUUCAUUGGAGAGGGCAAGCCCGUGGUGGGCCUGCGCACGGACAUGGACGGGUUGCCCAUCCACGAGCCAGCGGGCGGCUCGGGCGGCGCCGGCGGCUUCCAGAGCGAGAACGAGGGCUGGAUGCAUGCGUGCGGCCACGACGCGCACAUGACAAUGGCGCUGGGGGCGGCCAAGCUGCUCAAGGCGGCCAAGGACGCGGGGGAGCUGCCGCCCGGCACGGUGAACAUCGUGUUCCAGCCAGCUGAGGAGGGCGGCGCCGGCGGCGACGUCAUGAUCCAGGAGGGCGCGGUGGACGACACGGACGCCAUCUUCGGCAUGCACGUGAUGCCGCACCUGCCCUCCGGCACCGUACACAGCCGCGCCGGCACCAUCAUGGCCGGAGCGCUGUCCUUCCGCGUGGUCGUGCAGGGCCGCGGCGGUCACGCGGCCAUGCCGCACCUGAACGUCGACCCCGUGGUGGCAGCGGCAGGGCUCAUGUCGGCACUACAGACGGUGGUGAGCCGCGAGACCUCGCCCCUGGGCUCGGGUGUGCUGAGCAUCACCAUGCUGCGGGCGGGUGACGCCUACAACGUCAUCCCCGAUGAGGUCAUGUUCGGCGGCACCAUCCGCGGCCUGACGCACGAGCACCUCAUGUUCAUGAAGCGGCGCAUCGAGGAGAUGGCGCCCGCCAUCGCCGCCGGGUACAGCUGCAACGCGACCGUUGACUGGCGGUUGGACGAGCAGCCGUACUACCCGCCAACCGUCAACGACGAGAGCAUGGCGGCGUUUGCGCUCAAGACCGCCGCGAAGCUGUUUGGCCCCGAGGCCGCCCAGAUCGCCGAGCCGCUCAUGACGGGCGAAGACUUUGCGUUCUUCUGCCGCAAGAUCCCCUGCGCGCUAUCGUUUCUGGGCAUCCGCAACGAGAGCGCCGGCUCCGUGCACGCACUGCACAGCCCCAAGUUCACCCUGGACGAGUCGGUGCUGUACAAGGGCGCGGCCAUGCACGUCACCACGGCUGUGGACUUCCUGCGCGCCUUCGCGGUGGAGGCACUGGAGGGACAGGAGGCCGGGCAGGCGCAGGAGAGCAAGGCCCCGGCUGUGGCGGCGGCUGGCGGGAAUGGCGCGGCUGAAGCUGCGGCGGCGGAUAACGACGAGGAGGAGUACGAGGAGCCGAAGGACUUGUGAGAGCAAUUGUUGCAAUCGCAUAUCUCUGAUAGAUAGGUGGCACGGGACUGUUUACUCGAGGUUAGCUGGCGCUGUCUGAGGCCGCCGCCUCAGACAGUCAGAUCUAAAUUGCGGCUGGGUGGGUGCCGUGAGUGCGCGCGAACACUGAUUCAGAUUUGCCUGGCACGGCUGUGGGUUACUGUGUGGUGCACCAGAUGCACCUACCAUUGGUGUGCGAUGGGACAGUAAUAAGGCACGUUGGUGAAGCCCCGUAGGGUGCAGCUGAUUCCCAGACACCAGCAACGGCAAGGCAGGAACGCGCGGCUGGUCGAACGCCGGAAUUACUGUACCGGCACGCCUGCUGGCUGGCUGGGAGGACCUGCCACAUGCUGCCGUGGCUGCGGCGGAGGGCACACGAAUCGCACUUGUUGCACCGUGGCUUGCAUGGCCCGGGGUUGGAAACGGUUGGCACGUUUGGCUGUGUCCAAGGCUGCGUCGAUUCCGCGGCGUAGGGGAUACUUGGUGCCAGUGGUGCCACAUACGGCACCAGGCCUUGGUCAAGGUUGUCUUCUCAAGGCGUCUUAAGGCACAUCUCAGGUUUCAGAGGGGCUUGGGGAACACGCACUUCCGGUCUGUAACGCCAAGCAAAU